CGCUCCCCUGACGACAGCGCGGGGGCGGGGUCGCGGCGGCGCUGGGCUCCGGAGCGGGCUGGGGUCAUGAGCGCCGCCCGGCCUCAGUUCAGCAUCGAUGACGCCUUCGAGCUGUCCCUGGAAGACGCGGGCCCUGGGCCGGAGUCCAGCGGGGUCGCCCGCUUCGGGCCGCUGCACUUCGAGCGCCGGGCCCGGUUCGAGGGGGCUGACGAGGACAAGCAGUCCCGGCUGCGCUACCAGAACCUGGAGAACGAUGAGGAUGGAGCCCAGACCUCUCCGGAACCAGAUGGGGGAGUCAGCACCAGAGAUUCUAGCCGAACAUCCAUGCGCAGCUCCCAGUGGUCCUUUAGCACCAUCAGCAGCAACACCCAGCGCUCCUACAAUGCCUGUUGCAGUACUGAUCCUGGUCGGCGUGGGACUGGAAGUGGCCCCCUCUCCAGGUGUCUCCAGCGCCGUCUUCUUCGUGCCGGGCUUCCUGUUGCUGGUCCCGGGAGUCUACCACGUGAUCUUCAUCUACUGCGCCGUCAAGGGCCGCCGGGGCUUCCACUUCUUCUACCUGCCCUACUUCGAGAAGUGAGCUGCCGCCGCGACGGCCGGGCCCUCAUCGCAGGACCCUCGAAACCCCCAGCUCCGCCGGGAGUUUGCUCAGGAAGUUUGGGGCACCCAGGCCUGGGCCUGGGAAAGUCGCCCCUUUCUGCCUCUGUGCCUUAACUUAUUCUCGGGCUCUGGGGCUGCUGGGUGGGUGGUGUUUUGUACUAAUAAAAGAGUA